AUGGCCGGCCAAGAUAGUGAUGAUGAGAUUGUUCUCUCCUCCUCCGCCCUCGAUGCACUGAAGGAGUUCUACGCCGAGCGCGAUGCCCGGCAGGAGCAGUUCGCCAAGCUUCAGGCCAAAGCCGAAGAGCAGCAUGAUUUGCAGCAGCAGAAGCUGUCGAUGGAGGCGUUUGGGGAGGACUGGAACGAGUCUCAGUUUUGGUACUCGGACGAAACAGCAAACUUCCUCGCCAAACAGCUCCUGCUCAACGCAACACCAGACAUGACGAUUGGUGUCGUUUCUGCUCCUAGUGUUUUUGUGGCUUUGAAGAAUAUGUUGAAUGCUGCCAACCCAGAAGAGCCCAAACCAAAGCUCAUCCUCCUCGAACACGACAACCGCUUCGCCGUCUUUCCCGAGUUUUCCUUUUACGAUUUCGCCCAGCCGACUAAACUCCCUGCGCACCUAAAAUCCUCCUGUGACCGCAUCAUCUGCGACCCCCCCUUCCUCUCAGAAGACUGCCAAACCAAAGCCGCCAUCACCGUCAACUGGCUCUUCAAGCCCACCGCUGCUGACGACAAAAAGCUCAUCGUCUGCACCGGCGAGAGGAUGGAACCCCUCGUCACCCGGCUCUACAAGUCCGUCGGUCUUAGAACCACAGACUACGACCCUGUGCAUGCCAGGGGGCUAAGUAACGAGUUUUACUGCUAUGCUAAUUUUGAGAGUUUGGGGUGGAAGUGGAGGGAGGAAAAGUAAAUUCCCUACCUACUUUGUAGAUAUAGGUAGCAUGGCUUCAUGACAGACAACCUUUCCGCAUGUCUUGUAAUGGUGCUUCGAAAGUGCGCUCAAUGAACCACACCAAAUCUAUUACCCCUUUCCC